UCCAGAAAGGUUCAAGGUUGUACUAGAAAUGGGAGUCGCUGAUGAGUUAUUCAUGACACUUGUAGAGUUCAUCUCCUCGGCGUUUAUGAUAUUCGGGGGCGCUUUGCCUUAUAUCCCACAGUAUUUACAGAUGAGAAAAGAGAAUUCUUCGGAGGGAUUCAGUUUAAAAGUUUGUUUAGUUCUGCUGACUGCGAACAUUCUUCGUAUAGCUUUCUGGUUUGGCAAGUUUUACGAAACACCUCUCUUGAUACAAAGCAUUGUCAUGAUAUUUACCAUGCUGUUCAUGUUAGAGGUAUGCAUCAGACUUAGGAAGGAACAUCCUUUGAGUUCAAACCUCAAGAAAUCAUUCACGGAUUUUGAACCGAGUGAUUUCUGGAACUGGAGUACGUAUACUGAUUACCUCCAAAGUAUAAUCUCCAUGAUAGUCAUCAUUUCCUUGCUCACCUACGCGUUUGUGGACAGCUCAGCGUAUAUUGAGGGUAUCGGAACGUUAUCUCUCUGUACAGAAGCUACUCUGGCAUUGCCUCAACUCUUUAAAAACUUCUCGAGUGGAUCGACCCAAGGGAUGAGUGUCAAGAUGGUAAUGCUUUGGUUCCUAGGAGACUCCUUUAAAACAUUGUACUUCAUCAUGCGAGCAGCUCCCCUUCAAUUCUUGCUCUGUGGAUCAAUCCAGACUUUGGUCGAUGUAUUUAUCUUAUAUCAAGUCCUUUCUUACGGUGAUGAGAAACCGAAAUAAAGCGAACAAAAAAUGUUACUUAAAAUUUCUCCCACUUGUUUUACUAACCAUUGUUUUAAGUUUUCUUUCCUGAUCUGAUAUUUGAAAAUAUGUAUUAGCUGGAUAAUAGCCUGCUGUUGCGGUAAAGGCCCACUUACAGCCGGUUAAUAGCCGGCUACUAUCCAUAACAAAACACAAGUAAGUGUCUACUAUUAGCCGGCUGUUAAGAUUUCCCUUAAAAUAAAGAGAUCACCGAGUUGGGUAAAAAGGGGUGUUCAAAAUUCAAUUAAAACGGUUAUUAGCCGGUUGUAAGGUAUUUGUGGCCCCAGAAUGGCUAUUAGAGGGAUUUAGAGGGCUGUUAUCGUAACAGCCGGGUAAUAACCGGUCGGCAGUGUACCUAUUUGCCCUAAUGUUUUGUAGUUUAGUGUUUUUUAAUAUAUCAGGUGAACUCUUUCAUUUUAGUUUGCGCCUCAUGAAAACUAUAAACCAUGCACAAUUAAUGUGGAUACU